AUGAACGCGGUGCGAUUCCACGGCAAACACGACCUGCGCUACGAAGAAAUCCCCAUCCCGGACGUGAAGCCCGGCCAGGUCAAGAUCAAGCCUGCAUGGGUGGGAAUCUGCGGCAGUGACCUACACGAAUACCUGGGCGGCCCCAACCUCUGCCCAACAACACCCCACCCUAUAACCGGCGAAACGGUACCGCUAACCUUCGGUCACGAAUUCAGCGGCGUCGUCGAAGAGGUCGCCCCCGACGUGACAGACUACAAGAAAGGCGAUCGCGUCGUCGUGCAACCCAUCAUCUACGACGGGACAUGCUCUGCGUGCAAAGAAGGCCUGCACAACUGCUGCUGGAGCAACGGCUUCGUAGGGCUGUCAGGCUGGGGCGGCGGGCUGGCAGACCAUAUCGUCGUGCCGACGUCGACGCUGUACCAUCUGCCGGACAACGUGCCACUGGAGAUUGGGGCGCUGGUCGAGCCGCUGGCGGUGGGGUGGCAUGCAGUGAAAGUCAGUCCUUUCAAGAAAGGCGAUGUCGUGUUGAUCCUGGGCGGGGGGCCGAUUGGCAUCUCGACGAUCCUGGCGCUGAAGGCGAAGGGGUGUGAUAGGGUUAUUGUGUCGGAGGUGAGUCGCAAGAGACAGGAGUUUGCGAAGAGGUUUGGCGCGGAUCAUAUCAUCGAUCCGACCAAGGAGGAUGUUCCCAAGCGAUGCAAAGAGCUGAGCGAUGGGAAGGGCGUGCAUAUCGUGUACGACUGCGCGGGUGUCCAGGCAGCGCUGGAUCAGGCUGUGCAUGCUACAAGGCCCCGUGGCUGCAUUCUGAACAUCGCCAUCUGGGAGAAGCCUUGCACGAUCACGCCCAACGACUUCAACUUCAAGGAGAGAAUGUACAUGGGCAUUGCGACGUACGAGGUCGGCGACUUCCAGGAGGUGAUCGAUGCGUUGUCAUCGGGAAGGAUGAAGCCGCACGAGAUGAUCACGCAGAGGAUCAAGUUGACAGAGGUGGAGGAGAAAGGAUUCAAGUCAUUGAUCCACGACAAGGACAACCAGGUCAAGAUCUUGGUCGAGGUCGGAGGUGGAGAUUGA